UUAAUGCUCACGUGGUUACGUUGCUUGGUGACGAUGAAGCCUGGCUUUGACAAUUUCUUUUAGCAUCGCUGACACACACACACACAAUCAAAGUUUGAACUCGGGCACUAUAAAUAAUAAAUAAUACUCGCUCGUGCGUUAAUUGAAACUCGUGAUUAGUCGAUCGAUCAGCUAUGUAAACACUGGGAUUAGAGACUUUACCCAAAACUAUGGAGAGCUAUGUUUUUCUCCGAGUGGUGGGGAAGGGGAGUUAUGGGGAGGUGAAUCUGGUGCAACACAAAUCUGAUCGCAAACAGUACGUCAUCAAGAAGCUGAACCUAAGGACAUCAUCGAAGCGAGAACGUCGGGCGGCUGAACAGGAAGCGCAGCUUCUCUCACAGCUUAAACAUCCCAACAUCGUCACCUACCGGGAAUCAUGGGAAGGAGAAGACUAUCAGCUUUAUAUAGUUAUGGGUUUCUGUGAGGGGGGAGACUUGUAUCAUAGGCUUAAGCAGCAGAAGGGUGAGCUGCUGCCUGAGAGACAGGUGGUGGAGUGGUUUGUCCAGAUCGCCAUGGCACUGCAGUAUUUACACGAGAAACACAUCUUGCACCGUGAUUUGAAAACACAGAACAUCUUCCUGACCAAGACCAACAUCAUCAAAGUGGGUGAUCUGGGCAUCGCACGGGUUCUGGAGAAUCAGAACGACAUGGCCAGCACCUUGAUCGGAACGCCGUACUACAUGAGUCCUGAGCUUUUCUCCAACAAGCCGUACAACUACAAGUCGGAUGUUUGGGCUCUGGGAUGCUGCGUGUACGAGAUGGCGACCCUGAAACACGCCUUCAAUGCAAAAGACAUGAACUCGCUGGUGUAUCGCAUCGUAGAGGGAAAGUUGCCUCAGAUGCCAGGUAAAUAUGAUCCUCAGCUAGGAGAGCUGAUCAAGCGAAUGCUGUGUAAGAGGCCAGACGACAGACCCGACGUCAAACACAUUCUACGACAGCCCUACAUCAAGCAGCAGAUCGCGGUCUUUUUAGAGGCCACCAAAGAGAAAACUGCCAGAUCCAGAAAGAAGGCGAACAGCAGGCCGAACAGAGAAACACCCGCACUGCCGGUACCUCACAAGCAGGAGCCACAGUGUGCCAACUCUGAGCUGAAAUGCAGAGGCAAAAAGUCUGAGGAACACCACUACUCUCAAUCCAAACAUCACAACGGCAUAAAGGACAAUGUUCUCCCAAACCCACCCCUCUCCCCAAAAUCCCCAAGCAAGGACGUCCUAAACUCGACAGGCCAGAACCUAGCAACCAUCAGCAACAUUGACAUUGACAUCCAACCUCAGGAACACAGAGACAAGCUCCGGAAAGUGAAACCUGGAACUUCCGCGGUCAAACGGACAGAGAGAGAGGAGAAGAAGAACCAGGACACUGCGGUUCCUCAGCCACACCCCAGAAAACAAGCUGUCGGAAAGGACGAACGCUCGCUAGUUUCACAGACUUCGAGCGAACCUGUAAAAGACAGUCGAGCUCAGAACGUUAACACGUCUGUGGAGGAGGAUACCAUGAAGCUGCUGCAGCAGGCAGCGAUGGAGGACGUAAAAACCGACAAGCGAGAUACCCCAGAGGCCAGGGAGGAGCAAAAAACAGAGGCAGAGCACCGACCGGGAGACAAAGUGAUUAGUUUGGAAUCCACUGACAAGCUGCUUGAGCCAUUUAUUCCAGUAGAGCCGUUGCAGCUUCACAACCCAGAGCCUCCGACAGCUCCUUCAGAAAACACCAAGCCUCCUCUUCGACCUCCUUCCUCUUCCUCUGAACCGUCCAUAUCCCGUCAGCGCAGACAGAGAAGGACAGAAGCGGACCACAGUGAGAGCAAAAUUAAAACUGCCGAUUCCAGGCCUCUGCCUCCACUUCCGGAAAACUCUCCAUCCGCAGGCAUAAAAAAGAGGGAAGGAAGUGAAGCUGAGAUGGUUAAACACGCUAUACGCUCCCAGUCUGGUCACCAACACGAACCUGCACCACAGAAUCGGCCAUUAUCAGCCCGAGAGAGGAGGCGGCUGAGGCAGUCACGAGAUAACCAGAGUGAAUCAGCAGCUCUAGCCAUAAGAAGGGCGUCGUGUGACGUCACCUCUUUAAACGCUAAGCACGCCGACCAGUCUGACUGCCCGAGACCUGCCAGCGUAGCUGCUCUCACACAUAAGGAGAGAAAAUCUUCAUGGCGUCACUCGGAUGAGGAGGAGUGCAGCUCAUCGACCAGCUCCACCGAGCGCUCUGAGGGAGACUACAGAGAGAACAAAAGCGAAACCAACGAGAUGCAGGACCUGGUCCAAAUGAUGACGCAGACGUUACGAAUGGAUGCCCGAGACGUCACGUGCGAGCAGGAACGCUCGAAGUGCAACUCGUCCAUGCUGCCUGAGUUCAAACUGAACAGGAAGUACCGAGACACGCUGAUGCUUCAUGGGAAGAGCAAAGAGGAAGAACGCAGCCUUCAUCUCAGUGACUUCCGCUCAGAUGACUCUUUAGGCCCGGCUAAGAUCAGGAGAGCCGUGGAGCACUUGCGUACAGACGUGGUUAAAGGACUCGGCGUGAAACUGCUGGACAAAGUCCUGGACAUCAUGCAGGAAGAGGACGAGGACGAGGACAAGCGAGAGGUCUUGCUCCGGCAGCAGAUGGGGGAGGACAAGUACAAAACGUAUGCCGUUAUGGUGCGACAACUAAAAUUCUUCGAGGACGUUGCGUUCAAAUGCUGAUAAACCGACCGUCGAGCGAAUACUGAUUGUCAUCUG